AUGUCGCUGCUCCUCAGCUUCAUCGUCCUACCGGUGCAGAAAACCAACCGGCAUUACCUUACAAUUGGCCUGGUAGUCGCGAUAUGCUUCUUGCAAUUGGGCUUCAUCAUUCCUUUGGGUGUCGAGCCAGAGCAGUGUUAUGAUGCUAUCACACCAAACGAUAUGUAUUCAGAUAUGACCUGUGCUUUCUCCGGCGCUUUUCUGCUGUUCGGAGGCUUUGCAGCGAUUUUGUGGGGCUUUCUUCGUUCCUUAUCGAUCCACUUGCAGAUCUGCUGGCAAGUUGUGACGGGGAAAAAGUUCUUCUGGUCUUCGCUCAUUGCAGGAUGGGGUCUACCGGGCUUGUUCCUUGCAAUCACACUUCCACUUACCGGGACCUCGUACAGAUUCGGGAACACAUGUCACAUCAACCACACAAAAGCUGUGCAAGACUAUUGGGGACCUCUUUUGGCCUUCGCCGCCAUCUCGACUAUUUUGCAAUUUGCUACUUUCGGCUACUGUAUCAAGGUAUACAUCAAAUCACUAUUUGACGAUGGAAGCACCAACUCCAUAACGCAAGUCAAUUCCGGUCUCCCCACCCAUUCGUCUCACAGUGGCAGCAUCAAGACUGUGACUGCCGGACAAGCGUAUCGGAGAGUAAAGAAAGUCAUUCGGUUGCAAUGGCGAGGAACUGCCAUAGUGCUUAUCAUUAUCAUAAACGUUGUGUUCUUGUCAAUCGUUUUCGUCCAGAUGGACAAUACCGUCACAUCGGCUGUGCAGGAUUUACAAAAGGCAGAGCCAUGGCUGCUUUGCUUGGUCACCAAUGGCGGCGACAAGACCCCCUGCUUGGACAAAGUGAAGCAAGAAGGUUUAGUAGCGAACGAAGGAACGGUCAUGGCGGCCUUGGUCUUGCUCUCCCUAAAUGGCAUAUGGACUCUGCUCUUCAUCGGCCGAACCUCCAUGCUCGUUGGCUGGAUAGACCUCGUCCGACGUCCCCUCACAAAGCGAAAUGACUUCGCCUCCGUCGAUGCCCGCGGUUACUCUAACAGCCCCAAAAAUUACGAAAUGAUAACCUCACCACCAACAACGUCUGGUAUGCCCAAAACAUCCGACCCCGUCGUCACGAGCCCACGCUCAGAACACGAGGAGGGAUCACCACAAUCGCCACUAUCACCCUCAAGUCAAUAUACAAACGACUACUUCAAUAAAGAAGCUGACUCCAAAAGCCAGCAACUGAGCUUUUCUCUGCCUCAAGAAGCAGACUACAAGAGUCCAACACUGAGCUUCUCUCUGCCUCAAGAAGCAGACUACAAGAGUCCAACACUGAGCUUUUCAACCCCACGACCGCCGAGUGCGGGUAGGUCCUUCUCAAGGGAGAGCUACGGGAGAUCUUACCAACCGCAAAUGGGCAGAACCAGCCCAGGGAGGCCCUUUUCUCCUCCAACAAGAAGAGAAAGCGGAGGGUCGACUUUCUCAUCAGCAUAUGACUGGGAUCCAGCGACCACACAUGCUCCGCCGAGUACACAUGUUCCAUCCUAG